CCUUUUGGUGGAGGAAUGCUUGUCACCUACUCCUUUUAGUUUCCACUCUCCUUAUACUUGUUAAGCUUCCCUUUGCAGAGAGGAAGAAGAGAGAGCCAGAGCAAGCUUGGGAGCUCCGUUUCUGUGAGUUCAAUGGAGCGACACAGUUGUAAGCUCUGUUUUAAGCGCUUCGCCAAUGGGAGAGCUUUGGGUGGCCAUAUGAGGUCGCAUAUGGCCACCCUCCCACCUCAACCAAAGACCCAACCUACUCAUCCCAUCGGAGAUGAGACUGAAUCUGCCUCGUCUUCGUCGCCAUCGUCUUCGUCGUCCUCUUCCGGUGAAGAAGUAGAGGAGGAGGAGGAGGAGGAGGAGGAGGAGGAGAAAGCUCUGUAUUAUGGGUUGAGAGAGAACCCCAAGAAGAGCUUUCGCUUGGUAGAUCCUGAGUUUUCCUUUGCUGUUGAUGCCGGGUCCGUCGUUCAAGAUAGGGAAAGUGAGACGGAAUCGUCGAGGAACCCGUCACGAAGACGAUCGAAGCGAAAUCGUAAAUCGAGCAUCGCAGAGCAGCAGCAGCAGCAGCAUCAGCAGCAACAGCAAGAGGAAGUUAAGAAGCCCAAGUUAAGCAAAUCAAGUAAGGCGGAGUCGACGGCAGAGCCCGAACCGGUAAGCUCGGUAUCUGAUACUACUCCUGAAGAGGAUGUUGCUUUAUGUCUUAUGAUGCUUUCGAGGGAUAUAUGGAUGAGGGAGGAGGAGGAGGAAGAAGAAGAAGAAGCAGAGAGAUCCAUUGAGGAGUCGGAUAACUCGGAAGAGCUCAAAUUUCCGACUCGUACUCGAGGAAGGUACCAGUGCGGCACGUGCAAGAAGGUCUUUCGCUCUUAUCAAGCUUUGGGUGGUCAUAGAGCAAGUCACAAGAAGAUUAAGGGCUGCACACCAUCUUCUUCCCCUGCUUCUCGAACUCAUGAACUCGAGUCCGAACUCGGUAAUGCAGGCACUUCGGUCGUCGAUCGGAGAAUCCAUGAAUGCCCGGUUUGUUUCAGAGUCUUUGGGUCUGGACAAGCUCUUGGUGGGCACAAGAGAUCUCACCUUUCAGCUUCAGCUACUGCUGCAAAUUCUACUAAAUUUGGGGACAAUUUGAUAGAUCUUAAUCUCCCUGCUCCUCUUGAAGAUGACGAUAUGAGUCAGGUUGAGCUUUCGGCAGUCUCGGAUGCAGAAUUCGUCGAUCAGAUCAAGUGAGACUGAAUUCUGCUUUACUUGGUCAGGAUUCAAAUCAAAGCUCGCAGCUCUGGACGUCAAGUAGAGGUAAAAACUUCUUCUUUUUCUCUUCAUUAGUCGAUCUGAGAUUAUCCCAAGCUGCUUUGACAAUCAGGAAAAAUGGGCUCUCUUGUAUUUAAAGAUUCUUCUUCUACUUCUCAAAAUUUAUGCUUUCUUUUCUUCUUUUAAAAAAGCUGUUCUUUUUUUUUCUCUUUUCUGACUGUAAUUCAUCUCUUUGAAUUUGUCAAGUGCUGUUACUUACUUUGUAACAACUGAUUUUAGUGCGUCCAUUAAUGGAAGAACCAAAGAUUUAAUUUAUUCCA